CUGCCCGAGCUCCCCGGCCGGGCGCGGCUGGGCGGCUGCACCGUCCCGUUUGGCUCCGGGGCUUCAGCUUUUGACUCAAAAAAUCGAUCCGUGACCGCUGACGCCAGAGCCGCCGGGGCGACCCGCAGGGCCAGGCUGCGCCGGUGGGAGCCUGGAGGGAGCUCGGCCGGGGACGGGGGCCCCUCGCCCCGGCGCGGCCCGGUGCAAGGCGUUGAACCGCCGGCGCCCCGAGGGCGGUGGCAGCUCAGCGCUGGGUGGGAAGCGGGUUCCUCCCGCCGCCUGCGCGGCGAGGAACAAGUUCGGUGGGACUCGCGGAAGGAGGAACCGGUUCGGUGGCGGGCAUCCCGCGCGGCGCGGCGGCGCUUGCGAGGUUUGCCUCUCGGGGACGGCCUGCCCGCGGCCUCCCGCGCGCUUUCUGGGACGCAGCCUCUCCGCCGCCGGUCCCAAGUCCCGCCGGGGCAGCAGGGCCGUGCCUGGCCGUGGGGCGGGCCUGCCCCCGCGGCCGUGAUCCCGGGGGGCAGGGCAGGCAGUCACGGCCUCGGCCAGGGACAGGCAUUUGGUGUUUGCCUGCCCUUGGGCGGCCUCCCGGUGUGGCGCUGGAACGAGCUGGAGGUACUGCUGGGGCAGCAGGCGCGUUGGCAAGCCCGCCUGUCUGAUGCCGCCCUGGAGGUGGAGGGUGCCGCGAUGGAGCGCAGCGAUGGAGGCCACGCUCUGCAUCCGCACGUGCCUUUGGCUGAGCGCAGCCUGGAUCCCCCUCGCCUCGCCACACGGACUCUCCCGCGCCGCGGAGCUCGCUGCCGGCACUGACGGCCAGGGCACGGCUCGCCGGCACGGCCGGCUGGCCUGGGCCGUGAGCCUGGAUGUGCCGGAGGAGGAACUGGAGCGGCGGGCGGAGGAGCUGGCCCGGACUGCGGGGCUGGUGAACAUGGGCCGCAUCGGGGAGCUCAAGGGCCAUUACCUCUUCGCCUAUCAGCCCGACGGCCGCGCGGCACCCGAACCCGAAGCAAUAAGGAGCUCAGUGGACGCUUUGUUUGCACAGCACGACAGCGUGCGGUGGCACUCGGAGCAGAAGCUUCUGAAGCGCUCCAAACGCAGCCUGCACUUUAACGAUCCCAAAUACCCGCAGCAGUGGCACCUGAACAACCGGAAGAGCCCCGGGAAGGACAUCAACGUCACAGGCGUCUGGGAGCACAACGUGACGGGGCGCGGCGUGACGGUGGUGGUGGUGGACGACGGCGUGGAGCACACCAUCAAAGACAUUCAGCCAAAUUACAGCCCAGAAGGCAGCUAUGACUUGAACUCCAACGACCCCGACCCUAUGCCUCACCCCGACGAGGAGAACGGCAACCACCACGGGACCCGCUGCGCCGGGGAGAUUGCCGCUGUGCCCAACAACAGCUUCUGCACGGUGGGAGUUGCCUACGGGAGCCGCAUUGCUGGCAUCCGAGUGCUGGACGGGCCCCUCACCGACAGCAUGGAGGCCAUCGCCUUCAACAAGCACUAUCAGAUCAACGACAUCUACAGCUGCAGCUGGGGUCCAGAUGACGAUGGGAAAACUGUGGAUGGCCCCCAUCAACUGGGAAAGGCUGCCCUGCAGCACGGCGUGAUAGCAGGUCGCAGAGGGUUUGGGAGCAUUUUCGUGGUGGCCAGUGGCAACGGCGGGCAGCACAACGACAACUGCAACUAUGAUGGCUACGCCAACUCCAUCUACACUGUCACGAUAGGCGCCGUGGACGAGAUGGGCUCCAUGCCGUUCUACGCGGAGGAGUGUGCCUCCAUGCUGGCCGUGACCUUCAGCGGCGGGGACAAGAUGAUGAGGAGCAUUGUGACAACAGACUGGGACCUGCAGAAAGGCACGGGAUGCACGGAGGGUCACACGGGGACGUCAGCUGCUGCUCCUCUCGCAGCCGGGAUGAUCGCGCUGAUGCUGCAGGUGCGGCCGUGUCUCACCUGGCGAGACGUCCAGCACAUCAUCGUCUUCACAGCCACCAAGUACGAGGAUCGUCACGCAAAGUGGGACGUCAACCAGGCCGGCUUCAGCCACAGUCAUCAGCACGGUUUUGGCCUGCUGAACGCCUGGAGGCUGGUCAACGCUGCCAAGAUCUGGGAGUCCGUUCCGUACCUCGCCUCGUACAUCAGCCCUGUCCUGAAGGAAGGCAAGAGCAUCCCGUUACUCCCGCAGGAGCUGCAGGUCGCGUGGAACGUCACCACCGCCGACCUGGAGCUCUCCGGCAUGAGAACCCUGGAGCACGUGGCAGUCACCGUCACCAUAACCCACCCCCGCCGCGGCAACCUGGAGAUCAGGCUCUUCUGCCCCAGCGGCAUGAUGUCCCUGAUAGGGACCACCAGGAGCAUGGACUCGGACCCCAAUGGCUUCGCUGACUGGACCUUCUCCACGGUCCGGUGCUGGGGCGAGGAAGCGCAGGGCACGUACAGACUCGUCGUCAGGGACACUGGGGAUGAGAGCCUGAGGGCUGGGACCCUGAGGCAGUGGCAGCUGACCCUCUACGGCUCCUCCUGGUCCCCAGCAGAGAUGAAGGAGCGGCAGAGGCUGCUGGAGGAAGCCAUGAGCGGGCAGUACCUGAACAGCAGCUUCUCGCUGCCGUGCCCUCCGGGGCUGGAGAUCCCUGAGGAGCAGCGCUACACCAUCACCGCUAACACCCUCAAGACCCUCCUGCUGCUGGGGUGCUUUGCUGUGUUCUGGACCUUCUACUACAUGCUGGAGGUUUGCCUGACCAGGAACAACGUGGGGCUCGACCUGACCUGCCACGGCUCCGCCGCCUGCAAGUGGUACCAGCCGGGCGGGAAGCACAGAGCCCUGGAGAGCGGCCUGGAGAUGGAGUCCGUGCCGCUCUACGGGGAGAAGGAUGCCGAGGACGUUGAGAUAGAGUGUGAGCAGCCAGCCCCCGCCCCGGAGGACGUGGGGGAGGAGGGGUCCUGGACCCCCAGCCACCCCAAACUUCACGGCACCGACAGAGCUGCGGGCUUCCAGGAGGCAGCCCCCACCGGAGCGGGGUACCUCAGCCGGGAGGCGACAGCCGAGCUCCUCUCAGACAGCGGGGAGCUCCAGCCUUGCUAGCUGGGGCUGGAGACUCCGGCUGUGUCUCUCCCACCCGGUACGUCAUUCCUGAGCCCAGGGCAGCGGAGGCUUCCUGAGCCACCAGGGACCAUUGCCGUUUUGGCCUGUUGAAGCUGGUGCUGGAGGUGGCUCAGCAAGAAGGAGAAAGACUGUUGGCAGCGAAAGGGGAGCUUCCCUUUCCCUCAUUCUGGGAAACAAAGCAAGCCUUAAACCCGUUCCUAACGGAGCCUGCCCCGCGGCAACACUCAGGGCUUCCCCUCGUACGUGGAAUGAGGCCCCGCGCGAUGCUUCCCCGCUUCCUGGGUGCGUGGUGGCCGCUGAGCUGCUCUUCCUUCCCGGCCCUGCCUUGUGCACGAGGCCCGACGGCCCCGCUCCCGCCGCCGUGGGCGAUGCCUGGCCCCUGCCGCGGCUUGGCUCCGGCCCGCGGUGAGCAGCGCUCGGGCACGGCGGCGGGGAGGGGAUGUGGGUCGCUUGCAGAGGCAAAGCCAUGCCUGCUGCGGGGCAGGACCGGGACCUGCCGGAGCUCCCCGGGGCUGCCUGGGUCGGCCGGGGGGGAGCAGCGGGCAGGGCCCCUGCGCCUGCGCCUGCGCCUGCCCUGCUGGCAGGGCCCCCGGCACGGAUGCUCUCCUGCCCCGCUGGGCCGGGAGCUGGACGGUGUCCACCAGUUCCACCCGGCUGGGAAGCAGGGAGCCAGUCUGCCUGUUUCCCCGUGGCGCUUGCUGCCUUUGCGCUGCGCUCUGCCCCGGCUCCCCCGGCACCUCGUCCUCUCCGCAGACACGCAGGCGGUCGUAGAGUCAGGGAGGGAGAGGGGAGCAGCGCUUCUCGACCGUCCUCACGCGGUGUGUCGAGGCCCCUCCGUCUCGCCCCGGCUCCCGGUGCACCCAAGCCCCGGGAGGGCAGAGGGACGGGGUCCCUGCCCGCUCUCGGGGGCACCGCCGCGGCGGACGCGAAGGUGUGGCGGUACGAGCCCUCUCGGCACGGUGCCCUCUGCCCCGCCGCUCGCUGGGGCACAGACUCGUGCCCGGCACCGGGCGCGUGGGACGCCGGGUUUGGGCCGGGAGGGAGAGGUUCGAGUUGCUCUGGCGGUGGCUUGUCCGAGAGCGGGGUUGGUCUGUCCAUGUGUCUGUCUGGGUUCGUUGGUUUAUUUUUUUAAAGUUGGGGGUUGUUUUUUAAACAGCAAAGUCCUUUUGUGCAGCUUUCCAAAUAAAGCCUUUGAAAAACC